AUGUUGGCAGCACCAUGGGUAUGUCGGAGCUGCGCCCGUUCGUUAAGGCGCUCGGGUGUCUUCGUCUCUCUUCAGCUUCGCAAAGCUAGCACAGCCAGCCAGACACUCGCAGGACUUCCACCUGUCCUCCUCGACCGAGCGCGCAAUCUAGCCGCCGAGCAUCAACAAUUGACGAAGCAACUUGAGAGCGAGUACGAACCUACAGCUGCGAAGCGCGCCGGCGAAAUCUCAAAGGUUGUCGCUGCUCUACAAGAGCUGGACAAGGCCAAGGCAGCACUGGAUGAGCUCAAUGGACUCCUGGAAUCAGACGACGCCGAGCUGCGCCAGCUCGCUAACGACGAUCUCGAUGCAACAAAAAAACACCUGGAAACUCUGGGGCUCAAUCUCUCAGCGACCCUGACACCGAAGCACCCGUUUGCGGACAUGCCAUGUCUGAUAGAACUCCAUCCUGGGCCAGGAGGCACUGAAGGGCGCCACUUCGCCGAUACCCUUUUCCGCAUGUACCAGAAAUAUUGCGAGAACAAGGGAUAUUCUGCGCGGGUGAUCUCGUACCAGGAAGCCGAAGAUCGUACGCCAGGCUUGGACGGUGAGGUUCCCAUCUCAGAAGCCGUACUCGAAGUAACGGAUCCCGGCGCCUUCGCAGCGUUCCGUGGAGAGGCGGGUAUGCACCGCGUGCAACGAAUUCCCGCGACCGAGAAGCAGGGGCGCACUCAUACAAGUGCGGUGGCAGUUUGGGUUUUGCCAUCAUUCCCCGAAAACAGCACCGAUGCUGAGAACGACUUCAACAACCCGGAAAGUGACUUCUACGUUGACCCGACAGAAGUCAAGUCAGAGAAGAUGCGCGCGAGCGGUGCCGGCGGUCAGCACGUCAACAAGACAGAAUCCGCUAUUCGACUGACCCAUAUCCCGACCGGUAUUCAGGUCAGCAUGCAAGAUUCGCGAUCGCAGCAGCAAAACAGAGAAAGGGCUUGGCGCUUGCUUCGUUCGAGAAUUGCGUCGCUAAGGCGAGAACAAAGAGAGGCGCAGGCAAAGGACCUGAGAGACAGUGUGCUAUCUCAGUCACAGAUGUCGCGCGGCGACAAGAUCAGGACGUAUAACUACCAGCAGGACCGGUGUACUGAUCAUCGGAGUGGGCUGGAUGUCCACAACCUCCCCAAUGUCUUACAAGGUGGGGAGGUGUUGGACAAAGUCAUCAACAGCGUGCAAUCAUGGCUAACAGCGAUGGAUAUCCGAAACCUCAUCGCCCAGGAAGAAGCGCAGGCUAGAGCAGCGGCGGGAGGAUCUGAUAAAAAGAAGAAAGGCGGAAAGUAA